GCGGGUCUGUGCCCCCGUGUGGAGAGAGGGGCGGCCGGGCUCCCUGGACCCGGACGGCCCCCGACUGGGCAGGAGGCUGGGGCCAGGGGCCGGCCAUGUCCGCUCGCGCCCCGGUGCCCGCCGCUGCCCCCCGGGAGGACCCGCCCGCCGUGGCCGGCGACCGGGACGCGCUGUUGGCAGCGGCGAGCCGGCGGGCGGAGCAGCCGGCGCCGGGCGAACGGGAGGGCAAGGAGGCGAGGGAGGAGCGGGCCGCGGCCGCCACCAGCGCGGGGGCGCGGGGAGAGCCGUCGCCGGCGCUCGUGCUGGGACACAGCGUGCCGCAAGCGGCCGUGCCCGUGAGGCCGCUGGCGCUGCACCUGGCACACAAGGCGCGCGCGCCCGGGGGUCCCUUCGGCGGGGAGGCACCACCGCCGCCGCCAGCACCGCCAGCACCGCGGGACCCUCCAGAGGACGCCCGAGAGGACCCUGCGGCAGGCGGCCCCGAGGACAAGCCGCCGCCGCCGCCAAAGGGGAACCCGUGGACCAAGAAGCUGCCGCAGCACCUGUCCCCCGUGGGCACCGGCGCGCCGCCGCCCGCUCAGGACGCCCCAGAGGCCGAGCUCAGCUCCCCAAAAAUUGUAAAAGCGGGAAAACUCAAGACAAAGAAAUCCAACAAGGCUAGUGACUUCAGUGAUAUGGCAAACUGGCCAACACCAGGUGAACUAGUGAAUACAGGGUCUCAGAGUGUUAGCAGUCAAGGAAAUAAGAAGCCACAAUUUAGAAAAGAAAAAGAAGAGAAGAUUGAAAAAAGAAGCAACAGUGAAAGCAAAGAGAACCGGGAAGCAAAACUAGAUGGUCCUGUUGAGAACGUCAGUGAGGAUGAGGCUCAGUCCAGCAGCCAGCGGAAGAGAGCCAAUAAGCACAAAUGGGUACCACUCCACUUGGAUGAUGUGAGACCAGACAGCCAGGAAAGACCUGGAUCCCGGAACAGCUCUAGAUGUCAACCGGAAGCAAAUAAACCAGCUCACAGUAAUAGGAAAAGUGAUACACGAAGUUGGAGACGGGAUAGAGAAAAGAGAGAUGACCAAGAUGAAGUAUCCAGUGUGAGAAGUGAGGGUGGUACCAUCCGAGGUUCUGCAAGAGGCCGGGGAAGAGGCCGGGGCCGGGGAAGAGGCCGAGGUCGAGGAAACCCUAGAUUGAACUUUGACUAUUCAUAUGGUUAUCGAGAGCCUGGGGAAAGAACUGAUCAACCAUUUCCCACAGAGCUUAGCACCAGUAUGAUGUAUUACUACGAUGAUGGCACAGGUGUGCAUGUAUAUCCUGUGGAGGAAACACUGCUUAAAGAGUACAUUAAGCGCCAAAUUGAGUAUUACUUCAGCACAGAGAACUUGGAGCGGGACUUCUUUCUUCGCAGAAAGAUGGAUGAGCAGGGAUUCCUGCCCAUUUCCCUGAUUGCUGGUUUUCACCGUGUACAAGCUCUUACCACAAACCUUAAUCUCAUCUUAGAGGCACUGAAGGAUAGCACAGAAGUAGAAAUUGUGGAUGAGAAAAUGAGGAAAAGGAUAGAACCAGAAAAAUGGCCAAUCCCAGGCCCUCCUCCACGAAAUGUGUCACAAACAGACUUUUCUCAGUUGAUUGAUUGUCCAGAGUUCAUACCAGGCCAGGCCUUUGGCUCCCAUACAGAGUCUGCCCCAAACUCUUCAAGAACUGGAAGUCCACUGAGCCCAAAGAAACAUACAGAAACAAGUACUAUCCGAGUGAUGUCUACCAGCUUACCUGACUUGGGACUCAGAACCAUGGAUGGAUGUGAAAAAGAGGCAUUGUCCAUGCCCGGUGACAUUAAAGAAAUCAAUAUCUGUACCUGAAGAGACAUCAAAUCAACUAGCCUUUCUGGAAGAACCAGAACAAGAAGAAAGUGAGUUUUUGUUUGAUGAAGAGAUGGAAGAGACAGACAGACGGAAAAAGACAUUUAAUGAUUGGUCUGAUAAUGAUUCAGAUUAUGAAAUUGAUGACCAAGAUUUAAACAAGAUUUUGAUAACUCAGACACCACCUUAUAUGAGAAAGCACCCUGGAGGAGAUUGAACAGGCACCCAUACAUUACAAGCAAACAUUACAUCAGAACUUGCCUGUGUUACUAUGAACAGGACCUGUAGACGGAAGGUGAAAAUACACACACAGCCAUAAAGGUAACGAUUUCUAGUGAGCAACUUUCUGCUGAUAGUUUGCUUUGAUUGCAUGGUAUUGCUUGUUUUGUUAAUUUUAUAAACUCUCAAGUAUAAAUAAAUUAUACCCAAUUUGAAAAUUCUUGGAUGGUCACAACCUGAAGAGUAUAAGUGAUGAUGAUAUAAGAAUACUAUCAUCAAAAAAUAUUAUUUACUGACUAAAACUUGUGGGAAAAUGUAAUUUUCUGAUGAAGGAAUAAAAAAGUUGCUAUGGA